AUGUCAUCAAAUAUUAAAUCAAACAUUGAAGCAAUCAUCAAAGGUAUCGAAUCAAAUAAGAUUUUGGAUAUCUUUGAGAAAUAUUAUGCAGAGGAUGUUGUGAUGUAUGAGAAAGGUGAUAGUUCAAACAGAGUUGGAAAAGAUCAAAACAGAAAAGCUGAAGAAGCAUUUGUCAAUAAUGCAACCAUUCAUGAAGUAAAAUCUGAGUCAUUAUGUUGUCCAACAAUAAAAAGUGAUUCAAUUGAUUUUGAGAUGAUGGAAGAACACCAAUACCAAUCGUAUGUUCAUAUUUGUCAAGAUAUAAAUUUUGAAGGGAUUGUGGUAAUACCCCAAUAUCCAAUGGUUGAUCAAUUCUUCAAAUAUAAUAAUUCAAGUGAUUCAGGUAACAAUCCUUUUGAUAAUAUUUGUUUGAAUCUAUCUCCAAACUUCAGCGAUUUCAAUGAUUCAGGUAACACACCAACUGAUAAUAUUUGA